UAGAAGAGAGAACCAUUCCCGCCACUGAAAUUUCUGUGGCUCAGUGUGAUCUCUCAACUCCAGUGACAAAUUAUUAGGGUUCAUCUUCAUUCCCAAUUCGAUUUCAAUUUUUCAACACAAGCCAUGGCUGCAACCUUGCAAUCUCUGCGACCUCCUUUUCGAUUUCACCCAUCUCUCUCAACCCCAAAUUCAAACCCUAUCACAACCACCACCGUGAAUUUCUCCUCCUCCAAAUUGAUGCGUUCAAAGGGUUCAGUUUUCUUCACUCGCACGUACCGAUGCUCUGUUGUCAGAGCUUCGAAUUCGGAGUAUAGUCCCAGUAUCACGGAAAAUCUCGGUGAUGUUAGCAUUUUCACCGCUGCUGGUCAGCCUGUCAUGUUCAAAGAUCUCUGGGAUCAGAACCAGGGAGUAGCUGUGGUGGCCCUGUUGAGACACUUUGGAUGCCCAUGCUGCUGGGAAUUGGCUUCAACCUUGAAAGAAUCCAAAGCAAGGUUUGAUUCAGCUGGUGUCAAACUAAUUGCAGUUGGCGUGGGUGCUCCCGAUAAAGCCCGUAUGCUUGCUGAAAGAUUACCAUUUCCAAUGGAUUGCCUUUAUGCAGAUCCUGACCGCAAGGCAUAUGAUACUCUAGACCUGUAUUAUGGUUUUGGCCGAACUUUCUUCAAUCCAGCCAGUUCGAAGGUGCUUUCAAGAUUUGAUGCUCUGCGGAAAGCUGUCAAGAACUAUACAAUUGAAGCCACUCCAGAUGAUAGAAGUGGUGUGCUGCAGCAGGGAGGGAUGUUUGUGUUCAGAGGAAAAGAGCUAGUAUAUGCAAGGAAAGACGAAGGGACAGGUGACCAUGCCCCCUUAGAUGAUGUUUUUGAUGUUUGCUGCAAAGUUCCUGUUGCAUGACACUGUAUAAAAUUGUAAAUUUGAAUAACAUGUGGAGUGUUCAGUUUAAGAAGAGUUGUUAGUAGCACAGGAUUCACUGGGAAUCAUACACGUGAUGACAUUAAAAGGUGUUUAUAUGAUAUGAUAUGGGACAUUAAUAAUCAAAUAUUGUAAAAUCCAAUGUAUAAAUAGUUCCCUUGAACUCAGUUAUAUGGUAACAAUACUUGAUAUAGAAAUGGUGAUGAUCAGAUA